CUUUGGGCAUUCUCCAAUUCUCCAAAUCCAACCCAAAUUUCAAACACUUUCAGGUAACUAUCUACGUACAAGCUAUCGCUGGAGAUGUUUGGUUCAGUUGACAUUCUUGGGCAAUCAUAUAGAAGCCCAUUUAUGUCCCAGUCAGUUUCUAGGCAGACCCGCAAUACUCGUAACAAUCCUUCUGCUCCCCAGAUCUUUGGUAGCACAACCCCAUUUGGUCCACAAACAGGGAGUCCCAUAUUUCGGGUCACUUCGAAUGGUGUAUCUGCUGCAGCCCAAUCUUCUACACCCUUUCCUUCCUCCAUGACAUUCGGUGCCUCAUUCUCAACAGAUUUUGGAAAUACAAUGUCUACUUUUGGAGCAUCUUCUACUCCUGCUUUCAGCAGUUCAUCGUCGCCCUCAAUUGUUGGUUCUGGUUGUUUGUUCCCUUUGGUUCAACAUGCACCCCAGCCUUUGGUUCUGCCAGCAUGCCAGCUUUUGGUGCUACAAGCAUCCCGGCCUUUGGUGGUACAAGCCCUUUAGGAAGCACAACUCAACCAUCACAUCCAGCAUUUGGGAGCAGUAUAUUUGGUUCUUCCACGCCAUUUGGUGGAUCAAGUCAGCCAUCCUUUGGUGCUACAAGUAGUGCAGGGCUUCAUUCCACAACAAGUCCUCCGUUUAGAAGUACAGAAGCUGCCACUGGGGUUUCAAGUUCCCCCGGAAUUGGAACUGCGCUAGGGUUUUAUAUUUCAAGUACCCCAGCUUCUGGUUCGUCUAGCUCCACUUUUGGUACUUCAAGCAAUCCUACUUCUGCUGCUUCAAGUACCCCUGGAUUAUCGUGUGGAAGCACAGAAGCUGCCACUGGGGUUUCAAGUUUCCCCUCGGUUGUAUCUGGGCAUGGAUUUUAUGUUUCAAGUACCCCAGCUUCUUGUUCCUCUAGCUCCCUUUUUCGCACUUCAAGCAAUCCUACUUCUGCUGCUUCAAAUACCCCUGGAUUUACGUGUGGAUGCACAGCUGCCACUGGGGUUUCAAGUUUCCCCUCGGUUGGAUCUGGGCAUGGAUUUUAUGUUUCAAGUACCCCAGCUUCAGGUUCCUCUAGCUCCACUUUUGGUACUUCAAGCAAUCCUACUUCUGCUGUUUCAAUUACCCCUGGAUUUGGAAGCACAACUCAACCAUCACAUCCAACGUUUAGGAGCAGUAUUUUUGGUUCUUCUACACCAUUUGGUGGAUCAAGUCAGCCACCCUUUGGUGCUACAAGUAGUGCAGCGCUUCGUUCCACGACAAGUGCUCCGUUUAGAAGCACAGAAGCUGCCACUGGGGUUUCAAGUUCCCCCUCAAUUGGACCUGAGCUAGGAUUUUAUAUUUCAAUUACCCCAGCUUCUGGUUCGUCUAGCUCCACUUUUGGUACUUCAAGCAAUCCUACUUCUGCUGCUUCAAGUACCCCUGGAUUUACGUGUGGAAGCACAGAAGCUGCCACUGGGGUUUCAAGUUUCCCCUCGGUUGGAUCUGGGCAUGGAUUUUAUGUUUCAAGUACCCCAGCUUCAGGUUCCUCUAGCUCCACUUUUGGUACUUCAAGCAAUCCUACUUCUGCUGUUUCAAUUACCCCUGGAUUUGGAAGCACAACUCAACCAUCACAUCCAACGUUUAGGAGCAGUAUUUUUGGUUCUUCUACACCAUUUGGUGGAUCAAGUCAGCCACCCUUUGGUGCUACAAGUAGUGCAGCGCUUCGUUCCACGACAAGUGCUCCGUUUAGAAGCACAGAAGCUGCCACUGGGGUUUCAAGUUCCCCCUCAAUUGGACCUGAGCUAGGAUUUUAUAUUUCAAUUACCCCAGCUUCUGGUUCGUCUAGCUCCACUUUUGGUACUUCAAGCAAUCCUACUUCUGCUGCUUCAAGUACCCCUGGAUUUACGUGUGGAAGCACAGAAGCUGCCACUGGGGUUUCAAGUUUCCCCUCGGUUGGAUCUGGGCAUGGAUUUUAUGUUUCAAGUACCCCAGCUUCUUGUUCCUCUUGCUCCCUUUUUCGCACUUCAAGCAAUCCUACUUCUGCUGCUUCAAAUACCCCUGGAUUUACGUGUGGAAGCACAGAAGCUGCCACUGGGAUUUCUAGUUUCCCCUUGGUUAGAUCUGGGCAUGGAUUUUAUGUUUCAAGUACCCCAGCUUCUGGUUCCUCUAGGUCCCCUUUUUGUACUUCAAGCAAUCCUACUUCUGCUGUUUCAAAUACCCCUGGAUUUAUUUCUUUAAGUACUCCAUCUUUCACCUUUUCAUUCCUUCCUUCUUUUUGGAAAUCAACUUCUACAUUUCCUAGCAGCCAAUUUGGUCCUUCAUGUCCUUCUGGAGCGCAGAGUUCUCCAUUUGGAGCUCAAUCAAAAACAUUUGGAAACACUGACUUUGAGAUAUCAGCUUCUGGGGCCCAACUUUGGGGAAGUAGAGUUCCUCCUCACACAACAACAACUGAACCAGAUGACUAUGUUGGUCUAGAAACUAGGGGAGACCUCCAGUCAAUAUCGGCGAUGCCGAUUUAUGGAGACAAAACUCACGAGGAACUGAGAUGGCAGGAUUAUCAAUUGGGGGAUAGAGGUGGACAUGUUCCUGCUGGAGGGAGUUGUUUUCCCUUGUCGACCUCAAACAUUUUGAAUCCUGCACCAACAUUUGCUCAAACAUCUUCAAGUCUUUUUAAUCCCUCAACUCCAUCGAAUGUAUUUGCUCCACAAAUUCCAUCCUUUAGUUUUACAGGCUCUAGGACCUCAUCUGUACCAUUCACUUCAUCAACUUUUCCUCUCUCAACUUCACCCAAUCUUUUCACAACUUCAUCGUCAUCUCCUUCAGUAUUCAGACAAGCUUCAUCUCCAUCUCAUUUUAGUUCAUCAGACCCAUCUACAUUGGCAUUUCCUGCUCCAGCUCCCAGAACAGAUUCAACAUCUAAUUCUGGCCUGUUCAAUUCUAUAUUUGGAGUUCAAUCAACAACAUGCGGAAACACUGCCUGUGGGAUAUCAGCUUCUGGGGGCCAAUUUGGGGGAAGUAGAGUGGCGCCCUACACUAAAACAGCUGGACCAGAUGAUGGAUCAUUAAGUGGGUUAUACCAAUCAAUAUGCGGGAUGCAGAUUUAUGGAGACAAAAGUCAUGAGGAACUGAGAUGGCAGGAUUAUCAACUGGGGGAUAGAGGUGGACGGGCUCUUGUUGGUGGGAACUGCUUUGGCUUGUCUACCACCCAGUCAAACGUUUUGAAUCCUGCUCCAGCAUUUAUUCAAACAUCUUCGAGUCGUUUGAAUACCUCAACUGUACCUAAUAUAUUUGCUCCACAAAUUCCAGCCUUUACUCCUACACCCUUUGGAGCCUCAUUUACACCAUUACCUUCAGCAUCAUCUUUUUAUGUACCUGGACAAAUUUCAUCUCCAUCUCUUUUCAGUUCAUCAGUCACGCCCACAUCUGUGUCUGCAUUUCCUGCUCCAGCUCCAACAACUUCCCCAUUUAAUUCCGGCCCAAUCAAUCCUAUAUCUUCUAUUGCACGAACAGGUGGUACUGCUGGACUAACUACCACUUCCUCUGGUGGGCUGUUUACAAUUCCUUCUGGUAAUACACAUAUAUCCCAUGAAGAGAGGUUUCCAUUAGAGGCUAGUGUUACAAACAGCUGUAUCAAUCUUCUUUUUUUUAUUGUUGAAGGUUUUUAUUUUACUCCCUUAAGAUCUUUGACCUUUUUUGUUACCAGACUAAAACAUGAGCUUUAAGUCAUUGAGGUCUUAAAUUUUGAGUUAAGGUUACUUAAUAUGCCAUCCCCAUUGCUGGCUUGACCUAAGCUUUGCUUUAUAGGUUUGAUAGGGUUUCGAUCCAGUUCGUUUCAGCAUUGCCCAUUAAAAGCGCGGUUGUCACCAAACAUUGAUUUAAAUUGCAUCUGUGCAGCUUUAGUACACAGGGAUUUGAGACAAUUCAUCAGUGUGUUAAUGUGUACCAAGUGAUAUUUUAGUGUGUUAAUUUAUAUUGAGAAUCGCCUGUAAUUUAUGACUAAAUAUCUCUUUGUUUUUCUGCUAGGAAAAAAGGAGGUUGAGCAUUAUGAUAGCAAGGUCUAAUCGCAAGAAAAAUGGUCAAAAGGUGAGAAUGAUGCCAUGCCAUUUGGUGAAUAGUUAAUCUGUAUAGUUUUUCCUCUACGAGCUAAUGUGAACUUUGUUCUCACACCUUCGUGCUCUUUUUCCUUUUGCAGUCCCCUUCUUCUUCUGUCCUUUCGUGGCCAUAGACGGCGCACAGGCAAAACUAGUAGAUGCAAUGGACGUCCUACAAGAAGCAUUGCUUUAGGGUUUUUUUUUUUUUUUUUUCGAUCAGAAGCAUUGCUUUCGGUGUGUAGUUCAAUCGAAAAGUAUUUUUGAUGUAUCUAGUUAAGCUGUAGUUCGCAUUUUCAGGACAAAUUUCUGUGCAGAAUGGUCAUUGACUUGGCAAAUUUAUAAAUUUUCUUUUUUGGAUCAAGUGGCAACUUUACAAUUACUGAGUCAUUAGAAUUAAAAUCAUGGAAAAAAUAAUAAAGUAAUAUUCUGGCAACCAAGGAUCAAUACAUGUUAAAAAUGAUUUAACUAAAGCCAUCUAUAGAUUUGCAUAAUUCUAGUUACAUCUUUAGAAGAUGGUUAACUUACUCAAAACAAAAGAAUGAUUAAAAAGGUAUUUUUAAAAGGCUUAAUUAUUGAUAUGCCCCCUGUACUUCAUUGAAAAUCUCACUUUGCCCCAUACACUUCAAACUGAGUCAAUAUGCCUUCCCGUGCUUUAUUUUUGUGUCCUCUAUUACCCCUUUCCGCCAAUUGGUCAAUAAAACUGUUAACUUGUUUAUGUGGCAUGAGUAUUUUAGAUAUUUUAGCUAUUAAAAAUUUUCAAAUUUUAAAAAACUGUUUAUAAAACAUUUUGAUAAUUAGAAAGUUCUUUAAAAAAUAAAAAAAUAAAGCCCCUAACACCUGAAUAGCCCCACCACCACCACAACAACCCAACCCUUCCCCACUGCCACCCACCGCCCGAAACCUAUGGCCACCACUCCACCAUUGUUCAAAUAUGAUAUCC